GUCCAUACGUUCUUGCUGCUGGUAUUACGACUUUUCUAUUAAGUAAGGAAAUAUGGGUAGUCGACCAUGAGUUCCCAUAUGUGUUAGCUACAAUCGGAUUAUUUUAUGUCGGUUGGAAAAAAUUCGGAGCAUCUUUGGCGAGCUCCAUCGAUAGAGAAAUUGACGAAUAUGAAGCGUCUUGUAAUUCCAGCCGAAUAGGUGAGAUCGACAGUUUAAGGAAAACGGUUGAACAUCAAAAAAUAGAAGUGUGGAGAACUGAAGCACAAGCCCAAAUAAUUCGAGCUAAACGAGAGAACGUAGCUAUUCAGUUGGAAGCUGCGUAUGGAGGACGGCUCAUUCAAGCGUACAACCAGGUAAAAAGACGUUUGGAUUAUCAAGUGGAUUUAGCUAACCUGACACGCACGGUACAACAUAAAAAUAUGGUAAAGUGGAUCGUAGACAAUGUAAAGUCAAGUAUUAAUGAAAAUGACAACUUCAAAAAGUGUUUAGAUGAUCUGCAAAUAUUAGCUGCAAAGAAAAAUAAUGAUUGUGAAACUACCAUACAUU